CAACUGAUAUCUGGCGCGGAAAUUGACUUGGGAAAUUAAUGAAAUAUUUUGUGUUGUAUUGUGAACUGAGGGAGCUAAAAACCUCAUAAUCCUUAAAAGCAAGAAAUUAUGCUGUUCUAAUCAAGAGAUAGUGAUAUAAUUUUCAAUAUGCCACCCUUGAAGAUAGAUCGUAUAUUAAGCUUCAGCAGUGAGGACAAGGUGCACGUCGCCAAUAACUUACUAGGAAACAACACAUCUUUGAAGUGGAAAUGCGCUUCUCCUGGUGAAAAACAAGCAACUUUGUGUUUUCAAUUGGAGGAAGCUUCGGUGAUAACUGGAAUUGAUAUAGGUAAUGAGCACUCAGCCUAUAUUGAAGUGUUGGUUUCACGAUCUGAGAUGAAUGGUGACUAUAAAUCUUUUCUCGUCAUGUCAUCUUUCAUGUCUGCCAUUGAAUCUCGACAGAGUACGAAUAUAAAUAGGGUGAGAAUGUUCAAAAAGAGUGAUUUUUCAAAACCCGAGUGUGACGAGAAAUGGGAUAGGAUUAAGCUUGUUUGUACUCAACCCUUCAAUAGGCAUGUACAAUACGGUCUGUCGUUUAUUAAAUUCCAUUCAAAUGAAGCCAAAGAAAAGGAUAAUAGCAGUGACAACAAAUUGGGCAAAUUCACAUUGAGACCCGAGUCCCCAGUAGAAUUGGGAAAUGGCUCUUUAUUUGCAAGACGAAAAGAGUUGGAAGUGGACAAGGAUAAACCUUUAACAGCUGCUGCUGCAAUAAGAGCUGCUACUUCUAGUCUUUUGAAUGAUCGUAACAGUACACCAGUCCGUAGUCCGAAAUUGUUACCGAAUUGUUUGCGAAAUUCCACUCCAAAAACUAAAACUAAAGACGCAUCUUCGUUGGAAUGUUCUCCGAAACCAAGAAACAGAAAUGAACUAUUCUAUACCGAAGAUGAGGAAAAACCUAACGACAAGAUUGACAGAUUAAUCGAACAGAAAAAUGCGGAAAAAAUUAAACGUAUCGAAGAAAGUAACAAAAAUACACCACAAUCUAAAAAUAAAAAAAGAAGUGAAAGUAGUGAUAAAAUUAGAAACGAAACAGAAAAAAAAGGUAAGACACCGUCGAAGGAUGAACCUUCUGCGAGUAAAGUGGAGAAGGAAUCUUUCAAGAGGAAACCUCAGGAUGUGGCUGAAAAUUUACCAAAGAAAAUAAAACCUGCAAUGUUAACGAAACCCUUCGAGAAACUCUUGGAGGAUGUUGUUCUUGUGAUAAGUGGCAUACAAAAUCCUGACAGAGCAACACUGAGGGGGAAAAUACUGGAGAUGGGGGCCAAGUAUAAGCCGGAUUGGGAUAAUACUUGCACGCAUUUGGUUUGCGCUUUUAUGAACACUCCGAAAUUCAACCAGGUUAGGGGUAAGGGAAAAAUUGUGACGCGAAAAUGGGUGGAGGAAUGCUUUUCACAGAGGAAAAAAAUUCCCUGGAGGAGGUACGCUUUGGACAGGCAAGAAAAGAAUAAGGACGAAAGUGAAGACGAAAUCUGGGAAAAAAUUGAGGAUGUUAGGACUGUUUCGCCCCCAAUAGAAAAUGAGAGACAGGACUUUGGUUACGAUGAUGAUCUGAUAGAACCAGCAUCGGACACAGAAGAUAUAAUCGAGCAAAUUCGAGCAUCAACUUCAAAAAAUAUACAGGGUGAUUCGAAGGAGAGAGAAGUUAUUUCACCAGAACCAACUCCACAUUGUUCCAAGAAAAUAUUAGACGUUACUUCGAAAGUUACGAACUCAUCAGUUGAGGUCAAGGAACAAACUGAUAUAUAUUCAGCAGAAACAGACACCGAUGAAGAAACUGCUGAGAGAAAGCAGCAGGUCAAAAAUAAACCUUUUGAUUUCUUCAAGAAUAAGCUCUUUUUUAUCGAUACUAAUUUUGAAGAUUACAUCGAGGAAAUGCUGAAGAACUAUGUGUUCAUUCACGAAGGAUCAUUGGUUGAUGAUCCCACGGAAAACGCGGAUUAUUUGAUUUGUGGAAAGGAGGAAGCCCCAAAUUUGAGCGCGGUCAACACAAAGGCCAUAUGUGUGUUGCCCGAUUGGAUUUUUGACUGCCAUAAAUGCAGGCAGUUCAUACCACCUGAUGAAUAUUUUGUUUUGUGAAUACAACCAAUUGUUUCUAUUUUUGUAUAUUUACCAGAAUUGAUUGUAAAUAAAUUUAUAUUUCGA